GAAGAAGAUCUGAAACGUACAAGAAUCAACCGAUGUCAAAGUAUAAACCAAGGAAAAACUCCGGAUUAUUAUCAAAAAACGUUUGUCUCAUCUGAAGUGGAGAAGAAUACUUUAGAUAAGGAGAUCGAUGACUUUUUCCAGGCAGGUUCGGAUCACAAACGGCUAAGCUUCAAUGAAAUAAAGACAUCGACGCCACUGAACGACCAAGCGAAAUGUGAAACAGUUCCUCCAGCACAUCACAUGGCUUGGGAGGAUCCCUUCGUUGAUGAUUAUACUGAUGAUGACUGCGCAGAUUUGGUCAAAUUCCAACAAGCUUACUUAGCCAUGGACCCAGAUCGUAUGUGGACACUGAAAACUGGUACUAAAGUAGAGACAGUUGUGUACGAAUUUGCUAAAAGCCUGCGCAGAGAAUCCUAUCUUCAUUCUUUUAUAAUCAACGAUGCUGAUGCCGAAACGAGAUCAUUAUUUUCACCCGAAGAAUGGAAAGAAAUUAGAACUUUCAAAGCCAAGGAGAAGCCAAAACUUGAUCCCUGUCACAAGAACUUGUUAAAAAAAUACACAACGAAUGAUAUUAGAAAGCUAAGAUCACUUCUCUUCGAAUCAUUUACACCCGACGGCAAAGAAUAUAAUCGGAACGAUCAUUUCUGUCUUGAUUAUAUAAAUAACGCUUAUCGCGGAAUCUUACGUUUAUGGGAGAUGGACAACAAUCCUUUUGAUUCUUCGAGAUUAGAGGGAUGGUUCGCGAUGAACAUCUGGAGCCGACUUAUCGAUCCUGCAUUAGACGAUUUAAAUGUUAAUUUGAUCCGUGGCGAGGGGAUGAGCUUCGCUUCCAGCGAAAGGAAGAACGCUCAAAGGAAGGUCAACACUUAUAAAAAAUUCGGAAGAAAAGGAGAUGGCGUCUUCAGGUUACCCAACAGUCGUUUAGAAGUCGGUGCAAUUGAAGCCGGAAGGAAAUAUGAAGAGAAAAGCGGUACGAAACAUUUGUCCGAUUCGCUUAAAUUGUCUAAAAUGCUGAAGGACAUGAUGGAUAAAUUAAUUAAAGAGUACUCAAUGGUGCAAAUAGGCUACAAGUUCUAA